UUCCCAACGACAGUGUACUUCAAAUCAAAUAGAAAAUCAAAUAUAAAAAGUUACGUGGUGGAAUUCUGUCGAAACACAAGUAUUCCUGGAAUAAAGUACCUCGUUGAACCUCAAAGAACACUUUUAGAAAGGUUCGUAUGGUUAUGUGCAAUGGUGUUGUCACUGAUUUUUUGUUCCCAUUUAAUUCUGCAAACGCUGGUGAGUUGGGCUACUUCUCCCGUUAUUUUGGCAAUGGAUCGCUCUAUGAGAUCUGUCUGGCAAAUUCCCUUUCCAGCAGUAACAGUAUGUCCUAUAUCAAAAAUUAGAGCUACAAAAUUUAAAUUCACUGACGUGGCAGCACAUGUCAUAAGGAGCGAAUAUGUUAGUCGAGAAGAGCUUGAGACAUUAUCAGAUGUAGCUUUACAGUGUGAAUAUAUUCCUGACGAUACUCCUGGAAUAUUCAAAAAUUCUUCGGCAGUUGAUAGAAUCGAAGAGUUUGCAUUUGACAUUGACAUGCUAGCAGUGCAUAUGUCAUUUCGAAAUGUCAAGAGGGAUCCACACAUAAUGAAACCAUUACUCACAGAAGAAGGGCUGUGUUAUUCAUUCAACAUGUUGCCUGACACCCAUAUGUUUUCUAGUGACACCUUUCAUGCUUCACGAAAUUAUCUCAAGCACGAUGAUGUCGAAGUUCAGUGGUCCACCAGCAGUGGAUAUUCAUCUUCAGCAGGAUUAAACGCGUACCCUUAUAGAGUUCUGGGAGCAGGCACAAAGGAAAGUCUCAUCUUCGUUCUAAAAGUUGCAAAGGAAGAAAUUGAUGACUGGUGCUCCACUGCAGUCCGUGGUUUCAAGGUGAAUAUUUAA